GUCACCACCAUCCUCUCCUCCUCCUCCUCCUCCUCCUCCUCCUCACUCAAGUGAGCUCGAGUCGGCACUGCACUCUCUCCCAGCUCCAGAUCGAUCGAUCGCCGAGCAUACUCGGCUUCUUGAUCGAUCGUUUGUUGUCUAGCCUAGCAUACCCUGCUUCUUGGUCGAGUCGUCGAUCAUGGUGCAGCCGGUGUUCGACGCGGCGGUGCUGAGCGGCCGGGCGGACAUCCCGUCGCAGUUCAUCUGGCCCGAGGGCGAGAGCCCGACCCCGGACGCCGCCGAGGAGCUGCACGUCCCGCUCAUCGACAUCGGCGGCAUGCUCUCCGGCGACGCCGCCGCGGCCGCCGAGGUGACGCGCCUCGUGGGCGAGGCCUGCGAGCGGCACGGCUUCUUCCAGGUCGUCAACCACGGCAUCGACGCCGAGCUGCUGGCGGACGCGCACCGCUGCGUGGACGCCUUCUUCACCAUGCCCCUCCCGGAGAAGCAGCGCGCGCUGCGCCGCCCCGGCGAGUCCUGCGGCUACGCCAGCAGCUUCACCGGCCGGUUCGCCUCCAAGCUGCCCUGGAAGGAGACGCUGUCCUUCCGCUCCUGCCCCUCCGACCCCGCCCUCGUCGUCGACUACAUCGUCGCCACCCUCGGCGAGGACCACCGCCGCCUCGGGGAGGUGUACGCCCGGUACUGCUCGGAGAUGAGCCGGCUGUCGCUGGAGAUCAUGGAGGUGCUCGGGGAGAGCCUGGGCGUCGGCCGCGCACACUACCGGCGCUUCUUCGAGGGCAACGACUCCAUCAUGCGCCUCAACUACUACCCGCCGUGCCAGCGGCCGAUGGAGACGCUGGGGACGGGCCCGCAUUGCGACCCGACGUCGCUGACCAUCCUCCACCAGGACAACGUCGGCGGGCUGCAGGUGCACACGGAGGGCCGGUGGCGUUCCAUCCGGCCGCGGGCCGACGCCUUCGUCGUCAACAUCGGCGACACCUUCAUGGCGCUCUCAAACGGGCGGUACAAGAGUUGUCUCCACCGCGCUGUCGUGAACAGCAAGGUCCCGAGGAAGUCGCUGGCCUUCUUCCUGUGCCCGGAGAUGGACAAGGUGGUGGCGCCGCCGGGGACGCUGGUGGACGCCGCCAACCCGCGCGCCUACCCGGACUUCACGUGGCGGUCGCUGCUCGACUUCACGCAGAAGCACUACCGCGCCGACAUGAAGACCCUCGAGGUGUUCUCCUCCUGGAUCGUCCAGCAGCAGCAGGGCCAGCUCGCCCUCCAGCCCCAGCCCGCCAGGACAUGAUGGAUUGAACGUACCAGACAGAGGUCGGAGCUCUCUGCUCUGCUCUGCUCCUCCCACCAUUAGCCAGCCAUUGAUUCAGCUUAGCUGCUGAGACUGAGAAAAGAGAAAAAUCAUCCGUCGAUCGAAUGUUAUUAUUAUUACAGCUUACUUAAUUGGUUGAUCUAGUUGUAGCACGUACUACGUACGAAGAAGCAUGGACGGAUGGCAAGAUUUCCUAGA